ACAGCUCCAGCCGCCCAGCUCCUGUCCCCGGCGGGAGUCACCGCUCGGGUGCGCGCACUGCGCAUGCGCCAGUACCUGUCACCUCCCGGUGGCUCCCGGGGACUGUUCCACCAGCUGGAGCAGGGGGGUGUCAGGAAGCUGCAGCGGGCACUGUGCCGAGGGCAGGGAGCGGGCUGGGCUCUCAACGGCCCGCGCUGUCAGGGAGCCGGGCCCCGCCGCGCCUUCGGUAGAGCCUCUGCCCCCGGCUUCUCCCCGCUGCACUGCCGCGGUGGUCUCAGCCGCGGGGCGGGCCUGCUGCCGUUCCCUAGGUGAGCGCGUUCCCCGCCCCUCCCGCCGCCGCCUCGUCAGCGCUGCCAGCGUGGAGCCGGCCGGGGCUGAGGCGGAAGUGCCCGGCGGGGAGGCAGUGCGCACCGGCGACCUCGCCGGCUAUGGACGCCUCUCUGGAGAAGAUGGUUGACCCUACUCUAGCAGAAAUGGGAAAGAAUUUGAAUGAGGCAAUGAAGAUGCUAGAAGACAAUCAAAGAAAAGUGGAAGAGGAAAAUGAAAAGAAAUAUGCACGGAAAGAUAUUCCUGGACCACUGCAAGGCAGUGGCCAGGAUAUGGUGAGCAUCCUUCAGUUAGUUCAGAACCUAAUGCAUGGAGAGGAGGAAGAGGAAACUUCACAGGCAUACAGACUUCAAAAUGUUGGUGAGCAGGGUCACAUGGCUCUGCUGGGGCACAGUUUGGCUGCUUAUAUAUCAGUGUUGGACAGGGAAAGACUGAGAAAACUUACAACAAGGAUCCUUUCUGAUACUACUCUCUGGCUCUGCAGGCUUUUCAGGUAUGAAAAUGGAUCAGCUUAUUAUCAUGAAGAUGAUCGUGAAGGUCUCCUAAAAAUCUGCCGACUUGUUAUUCACACACGCUAUGAAGAUUAUACAGUAGAGGGAUUUAAUGUGCUCCAUACUAAGCAGCCUGUGAUAUACAUCAGUUCUGCAGCUAGAACAGGCUUGGGCCAAGCUCUAUGCAAUCAGCUCGGGCUACCCCUUUCUUGCAUGUGCCGUGUGCCUUGUAACACUAUGUUUGGAUCUCAGCAUCAAAUGGAUGUUGCUCUGUUGGACAGACUGAUUAAAGAUGAUAUUGAGUCUGGAAAACUGCCUUUGUUGCUCGUGGCCAAUGCUGGGACACCAGGUGCUGGGCACACGGAUAAACUUGGCCGACUGAAGGAACUUUGUGAGCAGUAUAAUAUGUGGCUCCAUGUAGAAGGUGUGAAUUUGGCAACUUUGGCUUUGGGUUAUGUCUCCUCUUCUGUACUGGCUGCUACAAAAUGUGACAGCAUGACUCUUACUCUGGGUUCCUGGCUGGGUCUCCCAGCUGUGCCUGCAGUGACACUUUACAGACAUGAGGAUCCAUCUUUGUCCUUAGCAGCUGGGCUGACAUCCAGUCAGCCUGUGGAGAAGCUCCGGGCACUGCCGCUGUGGCUCUCCUUGCAGUACCUGGGCCACGAUGGGAUUGUGGAGAGGAUAAAGCAUGCCUCACAGCUAAGUCAAAGGUUGCUGGAAAACUUGAAAAACCUGGAUUUCAUUAAAACUUCGGUUGAAGAUGAACUGAGUUCACCAGUGGUGGUUUUCAAGUUCUUUCGGGAAUAUUCAAAUAGAGAUCAAAGCUCACAUGCUGCACAGGCCUCAACUAUUCAGCAUCCCAUAAUAAGCAACGAAAGACACAUUUAUGACACUUUCAAUCAGUGGCUGGGAGAGCAGUUGGCACAGCUGGUUCCUGCCAGUGGAGUUGAUGUGGUAGAACUGGAAGAUGAAGGCACGUGUGUCCGUUUUAGCCCACUAAUGACUUCUGCAGUUUUAGGAACUGAAAUACAAGAUGUUGAUCAAUUAGUAGACUGCUUAAAAAUGAAGAUACCAGUAUUGACAAGUACACUGCAAAUGAGAGAGGAAUUUGAGCAAGAAGUGAGAAGAACAGUAGGCCUGUUGUAUAUUGAAGAUCUCAGCUGGCCAGGCUUAGGUGUUGUAAGGUACAACUAUCACAGUGAUGGGAAGAAUGAUGACAAACAAGAAAAAGAACUAGAAAAAAUCAAUACAGAACUUCUGAAAAAACUAAAUGAACUGGAGUCAGAUCUCACUUUUUCUCUGGGUCCAGAAUUUGGAGGGCAGAAGAACUGUGUUUACAUUGGCAUGGUAACUGAGGAUGUGGAUGUGUCUGAGUUAGUUGAAACUAUUGCAGCAACAGGCAGAGAAAUUGAAGAAAAUUCAAGACUGUUGGAAAACAUGACAGAAGUUGUUAGAAAAGGGAUACAGGAAGCACAACUUCAGCUUCAGAAAGCAAAUGAAGAACGACUUCUGGAAGAGGGACUGCUCCGACAAAUUCCUGUAGUAGGCUCCGUGCUGAACUGGUUUUCUCCAUUCCAAGCCUCACCAAAGGGAAGAACAUUUAAUUUAACAGCAGGCUCUCUAGAAUCCACAGAAUCCACGUAUGUGUCAAAAGCCCAAGGAACAGGCACUACUCCACCACCAACUCCUACUGCCAGUCUAGCAAAGCAAAGACUUCCUGGUCAGAAAAUUUUUAAAAGGUCUCUGAGAAGUUCUGAUGCACUCAGUGAGACCAGUUCAGUCAGCCACUGUGAUGACCUGGAGAAGAUGGACCAGAGGCCCCCAGCUCUAUCCCCUGGCCAAGAGCAAAGACCUUUGGAGACAGAAAAAACAGAGGAGCAGAAGGAGGUGGCACAGGCAACAAAGAUGGACGCUGAGGAUAUUCAAAGUGACAAAUCACCAAAUGACUGCACAAAGAAUGAAGCAGUGCCUCUGCAUGCCUGAACGGCUUCUUGCUUCUGCCACUGGACAGGUAAAAAAGCUGUGUGUGAAAAGACCCCUGCGCUUCAAUUCCAGUGGCUAAAGAUACUUCAUAAACCAAGGAACCAUUUUCUUACCUGUUACACAGAAAGUCACUAAGUGAACAUCAUCUGGUUGGAGAUCGAAUGCUCCUACAGCAACGAUAGCAGCAAUGUAUAAGACUGACAGGUGGCAAAGCAGGUGCUGUAUAUAGACAAGGGGGCAUUACGAGUGCUGUGCACUGCAGAAUAGCUGGGCAGAGACCUAACGCACUGUUCCUAGGUAAGGCAACAGAGUAAACACCAUUUUGCAGAUUUGCUUCAAACUAAGUUUUAUAAAACUAAAGCCACAGCUACUAAACAGGAUGGUAAUUCACAGAGUGUAGCCAUUUGUAUAAGCAAAACCAGGCUAAACAAGUGUUGUGCCACUUACUCCUUUUAGCAACACUGCUUUAGUUCUGGCAUCACAUAAGCUCUGCUUUAGUUCACCGUAUUUUUAAUAGCUUAUAUUUAAAUGUAUUUUCCUAAAAUGUUACAUAUUUAGUGACCAACCUUGGUCUUUCAUUAGCUGUUUUACCAUCCCAAACACCAGAAAAAAACUCCCAUGUUCUUUAUCAAAGCUCUAAUCACAAUACAGCAUUACUGUUUCAAAUGGUUAACUUGUGAUCCAUGAAAAACAGGAAGUUGAGGAAAAAAGUUAACUAAAACACUUCAUUCAAGUCAUAUGAC